AUGCACCCUCUAAACCCUUUCCUCCGUGCCUUCUUCCGAAGCACUGUACCGGGGCAGUGUAUACCCGUGGAGAACCAUGUUCUCCUCGUUCCUACAACGGAAUGCCUGAUCGGCUCUCGCGACCGGGAGUCCAGCCUGUACUACUCGGACCUAGUCGCGUCGGAGGAGUUCCUAGGGAGCCAUGUGCUGCGUAUCCCGAUCAACCCCGGUUCAGCAAACGGAAAGGAGGAAUCCAACGUACGCGAUAAUAGGGGCAAGGCGAAGCAAGUGACGACGUUCAAUGGGAGGACUGUCAUCAUCAAAGAGAACUCGGUUUACAGUAACAAAGGCUUCAAGUCCCUUACGCAAGCCCAGCUUCUCUCAGACGCGCUGUAUUAUCCUUCGUCUAACGAGUCCCGGCCAUGGCUCAUAUACUACAUUUCGCGCCCAUUGGUCGGGUCAUACGAUCCCGCCAGAAUCAUUCCAGCCGCAGUACCAGGGACGAGUAUGAAAACGAUAGAACCGACCCCUUCUGAUAAGCGAGCGACCAAUGGAGGAUCUAUAGCGCCGCCGAAGCAGGAGAUCAAAUCGUUCGGCGACCUGCUCGCGAACUUUCCGAUGAUUGCGAGACAAAUGCAGCCCGGACUGGAAAGGUUAUUCCGUGAAUUUGGCAAGGAGCUUGGCAAACCGUUACCUCCACCACCGUCUCGCUCGCCCUCUGCGUCUGGAAGUGAAUCUGAAAAUAGGCUUUCGCGAAUGCACUCCCUACAAGAUGAGAACUCGUCUAUCCGCAGCUGGUCAUCCCGCCGAGGCCGGCUUCCCUUCAAUUCGGAAGAAUAUUUUGAGGAUGAUGAAGAUCUCAUGCGUCGAAGCCUGGAAACUGCAGUGACAGCUGCUAUUGAUCUCUUUCGACUCGUUGAUAAACAGCAGUUGUCACUGUUGGGAGCCACUACUGAUCUUACGGGGCCUCUGGUUGAGCGACUUAUUGAGCGAUAUGUGGCAGAGCAAGUACACGAACCACUUCUGUUCCCUCGCCUAUGCGCUUUCCGACAACCAGAAGAUUCAGAGCUGGACUCUCGAAUCCGACACAUGGAGAGCAUUGAUGUGACUCAAGUUGGCAUUUCCGUGGAAGGUGGACGCGAAAGCAAACGAGAAGUCAUUCGGCGGCUGGGACGUGGAGUCGAAGAAUUCCGCAAGAUGGCCGAUGCGAAGAGCCCUCACGAGAUGCUCAAUACCCUAUUGGGGACAGUCAAAGUCGUCUCAUUCCCUGGAAGCUACGACAAUGUCGAUCGGCCAGCGUCCGAGAAAGGCCGGUCUCCUUUAACAAUCAACGCUGAUGUUUUGGUCUCUUUACUGUUGGUUGUUGUCAUCCGGUCGCAGAUUCGCCAUCUUCAAGCUCGCCUGUUGUACAUGCAGCAUUUUAUAUACAUUGAUGAUGUGGAUAGUGGUGAGAUGGGCUACGCACUGAGCACCUUCGAGGCAGUUUUGAUGUACCUUGUGACCGACUCGGCUGGUCUGCGUCGCGCAAGUACACGAAAUCGACGGCUAUGGAAAGCCACCAAAGCAGGUCGGAUUUCCGAUAUGAGAAGCAUUCUCGAACCAAAUGGAGAUUGUGAGUUUAUCGAUGAAGCUGUCCCGCGUGAACCUGAGCGAAAGUCUGUACUCUUCCGGACCGAUAGUUCCUCGGAACCAGAAGAAUCGCCCCGCGAGACGUUGUCCAUGUACAGUAGCUCGAUCUUCACCAAUGGCCAACCAGUACCAGAAGAAGCCAUUGACACGGAUGCGCCCCCUCUCGCACAUGUUUUCCCUUUCCAGACAUGGAGCGGCGACUCCCCUAAGAAGGAUUACCACCGGCCCAUCAAGAAGGUCUCCAUGGAUCUCCGCAGCUUAUCAGAGUCAUCGGCUGUCUCUUUUAUUUCCAGGACGCCCACCAUUGGGUCAAUGGCAAGCAAUAUUGAAGGCGAUACUUCGUUGGAAACUCUGACCAAAACGCAAGAUCCAGCCGGGGAUUCAAUUCCUAUGAUGGCAGUGGAGAGUCGCCAGACCGAUUCAUUGAAGUAUCUUUUGAGCUUGGAAGAAUUCUAUCCCCUGGAGGAUAUUCUCGAAGACACCAACGCGGAUGGAACUACGUUACUCAAUGCAGCCGUGCAGCUUGGCCAUGCCGAGAGUGUCGAAGUUAUUCUCGACUUUCUCUUCAGCAAGACCGACGAGAGUGUCGUUGCCAAGUACCUGACGAAGUCAGAUGUCCACGGGCGGACAGUGGGUCACUAUCUAUUUAGCACGCCUUCUUUACUGUCUCGGCUCGGUAGACUUGUUCCCUGGCGACAGCGUGACAAGCAUGGGCAAACUCCACUCUUCGCUCUUUGUCGGUCCUAUGACCAUCCCGAGUACAAAAUGAUGAUCCAGGCCGGCUUAACGGCAGCACAGAAGGCCCAAGGAAACGGGAAACCUCUUCAGCUCGAUGACCAUGUGGACGCGAAAGGCAACACAUUACUACAUAUCGUCGGCGAUCCAGAUAUAACGACACGGAUUCUCCAGGAGAGCGAUUGCGACCCAAAUGCAACGAACGACAAGAGAUUCACUCCAUUAAUGAUGGCUAGUAAAUAUGGGCGUGUGGAUCAGGUUCGCAUUCUAUUCAUGGAUCCUAGGGUCGAUGUCCAUGUCAAGGAGGCCCGUGGAUUGACUGCAGUCGAACUGGCAAAGGACGAUGAAGUACGAAACCGGAUCGAUGAUCUGAUCCUGCUAUCGCAUCCGCCAUCCGCAUGUGGGGAUCCUUCAGGCCGUGUGACUACCGUCGUUCGAUCGUUCUUCGUCGAAGAUGCAACGGUACGCUUCAUUCUCAAGUCUGGCGCACCCUAUCCACCCUCCGAAACCAUAGCCACGUCUCGUCCGGGAUCGACAACGUACACAGUCACCACAUGUCGCCGCAGUUUCAGUGACUUUGAGAACCUUGCCAAGUGGCUAGCCGUAGAGCACCCUGCCUCCUACGUGCCAUCUCUCUCGGAUUUCCGGAACCCAUUCCAAGUCCACUCAAAGCCCUCUCGCUCUGUUCUGCACGACCUUCAAGAAAAGCUAGAUCGGUUCCUGAAGACCCUCCUCACCCAUCCGACCUUCUCCACCCAUGAAAUGCUAUGGGAAUUCUUCCUGGUUCCCGAGCUACAACCGGAAAUGAUGGCCGAUCGAUCCCGGCGCAAGGCAGCUGUACUCAUCGAGACUAUUGCCGACGAGUACGCACCUGUUUCUCUCGAGGGCAUGCGCGACACAGAACAAUUCAUCUCUCACGCCCAGGACAUGGUCCGCGGCGUACACGUCAACACGCGCAGCCUGCUCCGACGGGGACAUGCCCUACAAAACAGCGCUUCCGAUCUCGCAGACGCAGUCACCCUCUGCUCGAACGUGCUCUCCACCCUUAAAGAACCUACCAACGCUUUACCAUCGACCUACAUAGACGCCUUUACCCGCUACGGCACCUACCUUUCAACCUCAACAUCCGACUCCUCCCCUCUCCUCCAAUUCUUGGCCGCACUCACAUCAAUGGACAACACCACCGCCGCAAUCCUCACAUCUCUCUCCCGCCCACUAACCCUCAUGUCCACCCUCACCUCCACAAACCGAAGCAUCUCCCGCUCCCGCUCCUCGCUAAUCUCAUCCUCUCUCCCACGCAAAUUCAACAUCAACCUCCCCGGCUUCGAGGAAUCCCGACAAAAAUCCGUCCGAGACCUCGAGCAGAAGAUUCACGACGGAGAGCUGCAGUCCUCUCGUCUCGCGAAAGAGAUUACUUGGAACAAAGACGUUGUCAUCGGCGAGCUAGCUGGGUGGACGACGUGGCGGGAGAAAGUUGGGCGAGAUGCCAUCCGCGCUUUCGUCAAGGAUACGCUUGUUCGGGAACGGGAGCGUGGGAAGCGGAUCGAGCGGUGUUUGCGUAGUGUACGUGAGAUGAAGUCAUGA